AUGGAUGAUCCCCAACAUAGUCACCUGGUUCGCAAUUCGUUCCGUGAUAACACAAUUAUUUUGCUUCUUGUCUUUGAUCAGAUCAAAACAACAAGCACUUCUCCUACCAAAACAAUUACAAACAUCAAAAGGCAAGAAAUCAAAUACACACUAAAUUGCAUCAAUGGCAGCCAGACAAGAACCUGUCCAAGGGAUCAUUCCCUAAUUCAAACAUUCAAACAAGAUCAAGAUUCAUCAUUAACUGCAUCAACAUGUCCAGAGCACUUUAGAUGGAUUCAUGAAGAUCUAAAACCAUGGAAGAGUAUAGGAAUCACAAGGGAAAUGGUGGAGAGUGGAAAAAACAUUUCACAGCUUAGAAUUGUGAUUAAACAAGGAAAAACUUAUGUAGAAACUUAUGGAGAUUCAUUUCAAACAAGGGACCUGUUUACUGUAUGGGGAAUAGUACAACUUUUAAGGUUGUACCCUGGAAGAGUACCAGAUUUGGAGCUAUUGUUUGAGACUGGUGACAAAACUGUGUUGGAUAAACAAAAGUUUCAAGCUGUGACACCACCACCUAUUUUUAGUUAUUGUGGACAGAAUAAUGCUCUUGAUAUUGUCUUUCCUGAUUGGUCCUUUUGGGGUUGGGCUGAGACUGGAAUAAAACCUUGGGAGAAAGUGUUGAAGGACAUACAAGAAGGCAACAAGAAGAUCAAAUGGAAGGAUAGGGUACCCUAUGCUUUUUGGAAAGGAAACACACAUGUGUCCUCAACAAGGUAUAAGCUUAGGAUGUGCAAUGCCACAGACCAACAUGAUUGGAAUGCUCGUAUAUAUUCACUGCACUGGGAUAAGGAAAUUGAACAAGGGUUCAAGAACACAAAAUUAGAAGAUCAAUGUACACACAGGUACAAGAUUUAUGUUGAAGGGGUAUCAUGGUCAGUGAGUGAAAAAUAUAUAAUAGCAUGUGACUCAAUGACCUUGUUCAUAAAGCCAAGAUAUUAUGAUUUCUUUUCAAGAAGCUUAGUACCUCAUAAGCACUUUUGGCCCAUCAGCAAGCAAAACAUGUGUGAAGAUAUUAAGCAUGCGGUAGAUUGGGGCAAUACACAUCCAAAAAAGGCAAAAGCUAUUGGUAGAGAAGGGACAAAGUUCAUAGAAGAGAAUGUAAAGAUGAAGUUAGUGUAUGAUUAUAUGUUACAUCUAUUGACUGAAUAUGCAAAGCUCUUGAAAUUUGAACCAACCAUACCUUCAGAAGCUUUUGAGGUUUGUUCUGAAAAUUUGGCAUGUCCAGUGGAUGGUAUUUGGAGGGAAUUUAUGGUUGAUUCCAUGGUUAAGUCACCAAGUGAUACACCUCCAUGUACAAUUAUUUAUUGAUGACAAAUAAGCUAUGAAAGGAUAAUUAUAUUUUAGUACAUUGUAGACUUUUUUUUUAAACAAGAAACAGAACACUAGUACAAUAUAUUAUAUAAUAC